GGUAUUUCAGAGUUCAGACUGAGAGAAAGUGACUGAAAGCCUGAAAAUAUUUGGCUAAAAUUUAUCUGGUGUUAAAGUCGAAAUUGCCACAUUUGGAUGUAUUAUUUACUUCUCUGUGUACAGUAAGUAUUGUAUUUGUCAUAAGAAAUGUUCGCAUCAGCACUCCGGACAUCUGCGGCCAUUCUCGGCCGGGCCGUUCGCGUGCGCCCCGUUGCAUUGGCAUCACGUCUCGGAGGUGUGAGAUAUUCUUCAGGACACGAAGAGACCGAUGAGGAGUUUGACAGACGAAUGACGGAGUUCUUCAAGAGAAAGGACAUUGACGGAUGGGAUGUGCGACGGGGAUUGCAGGAGCUGCAUCGUAUCGACGGAGUUCCUGAGCCCGAGACGAUCAUCGCGGCCCUGCACGCCAUCCGACGCGUCAAUGAUCAUUCACUUGCUGUGAGGUUUAUGGAAGCACUGAAGGAGAAGGCGGCCGACUGUAAAGAAAUCUAUCCCUAUCUUAUGCAGGAGAUACGACCGACUCUGAACGAACUGGGCAUUUCCACUCCCGAAGAAUUGGACUAUGGCAAGCCUGAAUUAGCCCUGCAAAACCCUGAAGAAAUGCACGUCCAUGGUAUUGAUUUCAGUGCAAAACCAAAAGCCCACGGCCACCACUAAUAAAUUAUCGAUUACCCAGAGUUUUUCGAUCAGUUGACGUGUUAAACGUUUUAUCUGUGGACUUUUCUUAAAGAAUAAUUGAAUAACAACGCCAUCGGAAGCUUAGUAAAUUUUUGUCUACUUGAAUGUUCUUUGUCUGUGUUAGUUAUUAGUAUGCAUACUUCUACCGCAUUUACGUAGGCUUAUGUUUGGGUUACUUGUACAUAUCGCCAUUCGGUCCUCCAGCUAACUGUACUGUGGUUUCCAGACCGACAAGCGAGGAAGAAAGAGAAAAAACAACCGCUCAGCUUUCGA